AUGUCGGAAGUUGAUGAAACCAUCAAGCGUCUCCAGUCACACAAGGGCGUCACUGGCUUGAUCGUUAUCGACAAAGAAGGCAUUCCAAUGAGAACCACUUUGGAUAACUCUACCACCGUCCAGUACGCCGGUCUUAUCACACAACUCGCUGCUAAAGCGCGAUCUGUCGUCCGUGAUAUUGACCCUCAGAACGAUCUGACAUUCGUUAGAGUUCGAAGUAAAAAGUACGAAAUCAUCAUCGCUCCAGAAAAAGAGUUCCUUCUGAUCGUCAUUCAAAAUCCCAACGAGUAA